UCAGGCUGCCAGCCCCUCAAUGCAGGUCGCAUAGUGACACUUGACCACAGGCCCUCAUUGUCGCUUCCAUCCUGGCAUUGGUGCAGCAUCAUGAAAGGUGACACGGAGGACCAGAUGAAGGUGGAGGCCUCCAAUGGACACAGCAGACCGCUGGACCUGGUGGUCAAGGCCAAGGAGGAGGAAAUGACUGACAGGGGUCAGUGGGGCAGCAAGGUGGAGUUCAUCUUGUCCGUGGCCGGAGAAAUUAUCGGCUUAGGGAACGUGUGGCGUUUUCCUUACCUUUGUUACAAGAACGGAGGAGGCGCCUUCUUCAUCCCGUAUCUCAUCUUCCUGUUUGCUUGUGGGAUCCCCGUCUUCUUCCUGGAGACGGCGCUGGGACAAUACACCAGUGAAGGCGGCAUCACCUGCUGGAGGAAGAUCUGCCCUUUGUUUGAAGGUGUGGGUUAUGCCACCCAGGUGAUUGUGGCCCUGCUGAACGUCUACUACAUCGUGGUGUUAGCCUGGGCCCUCUUCUACCUGUCCAACUCCUUCACCUGGGACUUGCCGUGGGCCUCCUGCAACAACAGCUGGAACACAGCUUCCUGCGUGACCUUUCAGAGGGGCAACGGCUCCGUGCUUCCCGACCAGAACGCCACCUCGCCGGUCAUUGAGUUCUGGGAGCGCAGGGUAUUAAGAAUAUCCUCAGGAAUCCACCACAUUGGUUCCCUAAACUGGGACUUGGUGAUCUGUCUGGCCGUCGCUUGGGUCAUCUGCUACUUCUGCAUUUGGAAGGGAGUCAAGUCCACUGGCAAGGUGGUCUAUUUCACAGCCACCUUUCCAUAUGCGAUGCUACUGAUCCUGUUGGUGAGAGGGGUCACCCUGCCAGGGGCCUUCCGGGGAAUCCACUUCUACCUCUACCCUGAUGUGGGUCGCCUUGCUGACCCACAGGUGUGGAUGGACGCUGGGACUCAAAUCUUCUUCUCCUAUGCCAUCUGUCUGGGCUGCCUCACCGCACUGGGAAGUUAUAACAAGUAUAACAACAACUGCUACAGGGACUGUCUGUCGCUGUGCUUCCUCAACAGCGGCACCAGUUUUGUCGCCGGCUUUGCCAUUUUCUCCAUUCUGGGCUUCAUGUCGUACGAACAGAACGUGCCCAUAUCUGAGGUGGCUGAAUCUGGGCCAGGUUUGGCUUUUAUUGCCUAUCCACGUGCUGUGUCCAUGAUGCCUUUCUCUCCUUUGUGGGCCUGCUGCUUCUUCAUCAUGGUUGUCUUUCUGGGCCUGGAUAGUCAAUUUGUGUGCGUGGAAAGCCUGGUGACGGCCAUGGUGGACAUGUAUCCUUCCACUUUCCGACGUAAACACCGCAGGGAGCUCUUCAUCCUCGCCGUGGCUGUGAUCUCCUUCCUCAUGGGCCUCAUCAUGCUAACCGAGGGAGGAAUGUACAUCUUCCAGCUCUUUGACUACUACGCAGCCAGCGGCAUGUGUCUGCUCUUCGUGGCCAUUUUCGAGACGGUUUGCAUUGCAUGGGUUUAUGGUGCGGACAAGUUCUACGACAACAUCGAGGACAUGAUAGGCAGCAGGCCAGGGCCUGUCAUCAAAUACUGCUGGAUGUUCUUCACCCCUGCGACCUGCUUUGGAACUUUUGCCUUCGCCUUGAUCAAGUACUCCCCUCUGAAAUACAACAAUGAGUACGUCUACCCCUGGUGGGGCAACGCCAUCGGCUGGAUGCUCGCCUUGUCCUCCAUGUUGUGUAUUCCUUUAUGGAUGGCCUUUAAACUCUACUACACACCUGGGACACUGCGACAGCGCCUCGCUGUCCUGACCACGCCCGCCGUCCCUUCACGGCAGUCCCAGCAGGAGCAGGAGAAGUUGUUGGACGGCGGCCAUGACGACCUCCAGCAGAACGCCAAGGACGGCUACCUGCGCGUGGACGACAAGGAGUCCCACUGCUAGAUUUGCCAAGGUGGCGGGUCAAAGGUCGCCCCAUGCAAUACCUCAAGGGGGCCACAGACAUUUGGGGGCUGACAAGUUACUGUACUUACUGUACUGUGCCUUUAACACGCAGCGGGGUACCACCCACUUUCAUUGUCUGCUUUCUAAGGAAGCAUUUUGUAUCUUAUUUUUACUCCCAAACAGCUUCUUCAUCUUGUUGACAACAAGACUGAUUAACAAUGAUAAUAAUGUUAAUAAACACUCACUUCUUUAACUAUUUAAGUCUUUCACUCGUGAAGGUUCAUUUAAAGUGUUCUCGUGAGACGUGUAGAAACGCCGACUCGACGCCAAGCCAAACCGGAGUCAAUGACGAGAACGUCGUUGUAGGCUUGACCAUUUACUUUGGACAUUUCUUCAUAGAUAAGAUGGAGAAAAACUGAAAAGAACAAAGAGACACAAACACACGUAUUGCCUCUGUACAUAUUUGUCUACAACAGACCUGGGCAUUCUGCGACCCGCGGGCCACAUCCGGCCCUUUGUGCGUCGCUGUCCGGCCCGCGUGAGAACAAUCAUAAAUUACAAAAUAAAUUUUAAAAAGUAUCUAUGUCGAAUGUGCAAUACUGCUUUUAUUUUGAAAUGUGUUAUUUAUGGGCGUAUGUCCGUGUGUAACCUGUGAGUGAAGGUGCACAGCGACAAGUGAUGCCUGGUUACCCCCGAGACGCUAAAAAGAGAAAAGUUGUUGACGAAUGGCGUGUUUUCAACAAGACAUGGACUGCCAAGUAUUUCUUUACAGAAAUUAAAGGUAAAGCCGUGUGCUUAAUUUGUGGUACACAGGUUGCUGUGUUUAAAGAAUAUAAUUUGAAUCGCCACUACACGACGAAGCACGAGGAAAAAUACCGGAAUCUGUCCGAUGAAGAGCGCGCAAUGGAGGCUGAUGCGUUGAUGGUAAAACUGCAAACCCAACAAGGACUUUUUGCCAUAUAUCACACCCCCAGAGAUGCAGCCGUCAGGACAAGUUUCGUCAUUUCUCACAAAAUCGCCAGAAAAAGUAAGGCGUUUUCUGACGGAGAGUUUAUUAAGGAGUGCUUAUUGGACUCUGUUGCGCUGAUAAUGCCCGGAGAAGAGGGGCGCAUUUGAGAACGUGUCACUCUCCCGACGCACUGUAACGAGGCGGGUUGAGACCAUCGCUGGAAACUUGGAGCUUCAGUUGAAGAACAGAACGGCCGACUUUGAAUGUUUUUCCCUGGCUUUGAAUGAGAGCUGCGAUGUACGUGACACCGCCCAGCUGCUCAUCUUCUUACGUGGGAUAACUGCAGACUUUCAAAUCACGGAGUAGCUGGCAGCCAUGCAGUCAACUAAAAUGGACAAUCACAGCUUGUUCACAUAGGUAAAUGCGUGUUUGGACAUGUUAGGACUGAAAUGGGACAAGCUGGCAGGUGUGACAACAGAUAGUUGUCCAAAUCUGACAGGGGAAAAUGUUGGACUUUUAAAGAGGAUUAAGUUAAAGUUAAAGUACCACUGAUUGUCACACGAUGCAGGAUAAAGUGACAUAAAUGGACAUUUUUGCAUUGUAUUAUACAUCAGG